AUGGCCACGGUCCGGUAUUCCAAAUUCGUCUUUAUCCCCGAGCUGAAUGGUUUUCUCGCAGAUGACGAGGAUGUGAAGCGGAGCGUGGUAGAAUAUGAGCGUUACGAUGAAACCCCCGCGGUUAUUCCUGUCGCCCCAGCGACAACUCCAGGGCCCGCGGCCCGGGGGCUAUUAGUGCCAGAGGCUGUGACUGUCACUGUGACUAUAGGAGUGACCAUCGGCGUUGGGGCUGGUCAGAUUCAUACCAUCACGAACACGGUGACAAAUACCAUCACAAACACCAUAACGUGCACUAUCACAGAUAAAGUUGCCGAUACAGUCACAAAUACCAUCACGAAUACUCAGAUCGACACAGUGACAGAAACUAUAACCAACCCCGAAAGUGCGACUAAGACCGAGACUGUCACAGAAACCACUACCAGGACUGUGAGUGAUGGGGCAAGUGCUACGGUUACACAGACUAUCACCAAUACUAUUACGGACUCUGCAACGGAGACUAUCACUCAAACAGUGAGCGGCACAGGAAGCACAACAGUGACUGAGACUAUAAGUGUCCCAGCAUCCACAGAGACUAUCACUCAAACAGUGAGCGGCACAGGAAGCAUAACAGUGACUGAGACGAUAAGUGCCCCUGCAACCACAGUAACAGAUGUUUCUUCAACAACAAUAACACUCGGUCGGUCAACCACCACAAUUAUCACGACAUCAACAGUCACUGCAGGUGAAUCCACUGUCACUUUGCCUGGGUCAACCGUCACAGUUUCAGGGACAGACGUAACUCUAGCUGGAUCAACUGUCACCGCCCCAGGAACAACAGUGGCAGGACCUACGAUUGUGACAACUGAAACCGCCCCAGGAAGUGUAUCAACAAUUCCUGCAUCUACAAUUACAACGGUCCUCACUAUCUCUGCUAGCACCGUGACAUUGCCAAGGGGGACCAGUAUUAUCCCAGGCUUAACAAUAACUACGGUCAUCACACAACCUCCUAACACAGUAACCCUUCCAGGAACCAUCAGAACAGUCCCCGUUACAGUCACCAGCGUUGAAUCCGGGGCGGGACUCACAGAGACACAAAGUUCAGGAAGCACCGUGACUCUUAGCGUGUCAGUUUGCUCGACACUAAUUAUCAACCCGACGUAUACACCUCCUUCGAGGCUACCAGCCGACUACACUUGGGGUUGCCCACCGGGAUUCCUUUGUUCUCCAUCUCACACCGGUGGCAGGGCUGGGUGCAAUGUCGAAUCUGGACUUCCUGCUGAAGGCUACAUUUGUGCCCCAUCUGAUUGUAUUCCAGCCCCGCCUCUGAUAUUCAACCAAUCCUGGGCAUCUGAUACAAAUGGCCAACAUUUCAGUUUCUCUCGGGAUUAUUACAACCUGGAUCCAGAGGAAUUCGGUCUGAAGUAUGAUAUCUUCCAAACGGGAGAAGAGCACAAUGCGACACAGAGUAAACGUGGCAUCCUGCCCUUGCAGGGCGAUUCAUCCGGCGUCUUUUUGGGCUCUAUAGAGCGCAGAGAUAUCUCGGAAAUCCCCGGCGUAUGUUAUAACGAUUGCAACGACGCGGCACUAGAACAACAAGCCACUGGAAAAAGGCCAGAGCUAUGUCAAAGUGAUUCGGUUUAUCUACUGGAUAUUGGAAAUUGCAAGACGUGUAUCGGCCACUAUGCGAGCUCCUCGUCAGAUGCAUUCUCAUUACUUCUACCAUCGUUUGCUCAAUUCCUGAAUUAUUGCUCUGACCUGACGACGAUAUCAACAACUUCGACCAACGCAGUACAAACAAGCCACACCGAGAGUAGUGCCACAACAACAUCGAACAGUGAAGUAACAGAAUCAACUACGCAGAGCAUCUCUAGUACCCGGAAAUCAAGCACAUUUGCAAGUUAUUCAUCUGAGAUGACGGCCUCAACAGCAAUCACUGGCAUAGCAACAACCACUGGCUCAGUGAUGGGCACGGGAUCAGACAGCACCACCAGACCAGCUAGCAGCACCAAGCCAUUGAAAAUAACAGGGUCAACAAUAAUUGUCGGCUCAACCACAAUCAUUGGCCCUACAACGAUUAUCGGCUCAACGACCACAGAGGGCUCAAAUCACUCAGGUGUGUCUAUUACACAUGGAGGUAGUGGAAAAGGCGGCACAAAGUCGACCUCGACGAUAAUAGAGUGCAAGACUACCAUCAUUGGGCCUCUGGACGAGAGCCAGUCUGCAGUGACGAUGGCUCAAACAAAUGAUGACCCAAACAAAACAUCCACGUCAACCCUUGGAAGUUCUACCAAUGAUCGAAACACUCCUACCACAACUACAUCGCUGAAUGUUGCACGCAGCAGGACGCAGUUUUCGAAUGGAUCUCUGUUGGGUCUUUUUCUGCCUAUUGUGGCACAUUUACUUUGA